GAGGAGGUGGUCGGGGUGAGGGGGGAAGAGGAGGUGGUCGGGGAGAGGGAGGAAGAGGAGGUGGUCAGGGAGAGGGAGGAAGAAGAGGAGGUGGAGAUUGGAGGAGUAGAGCACCAAGAAAUGGAGAAGCCAUUGGAGAUACGAAUGGUCAAAGAGAGAGACAUCAAAGCGGAACAAGGAAAAGUGCAAGAGGAGGUGAGCAGGGAGGACGGAGUAGAAGUACAGGAGGAAGAGGCAGAGAAGAGAGAAGAGGGCAUCAUUAUCAGGGUCAUCAACAGGGCAGGACCACUAGGAAUAGCAUCCCGGGUAUUAUGCCCACAGGGAGCUAUGUCCCAUUAUAUUUUAGCCCACCCCCUCAGAACCAACAAGCCAGUGAAGAUAGGACUGGCCUCAGGGUGAGUCCCCAGGGUGAACCUCAAAGAGGAAGAGGAGGUCAUGGGAGAGGAAGAGAUGGUGGUCCUUGGGUACCCAGACUAGGAUACAAAGCAUUCGAAGCGCUUGUGGAUAAAGAAGCAUCUGAGGUGGCCAUCACCCUUUCAUCCAGCCUGGGGCUCAAAACUCUACUUGAUGACAAGAGUAUGAGUAAUGACCUGGUCCAGCUUGUCUGUCAGGUUCUCUGCAAAGCUUUUCAGUCUAGAAAUGACCGCAAGAUAGUGUUGCAUUUAGCUGGCGUGGUCAAGAACUCUGGGUUUUUCUGUAACAUCCUUACGCGUUACGUGACCGGCGUGAUGUCCGAAAACAAGCCAGAUCGUAGGCAGCAAUAUCCCCAGCAUUUGGGCAACGUCAUCAGUCUUCUCUCUGAUGUCCUCAACAUGUUUCCUUAUAGCUCUGUCCAGCCUGUCUCCAUGCUGGUGACUCUUCUGAAACCAUCUGUCAACCAGUUGCGUGCCUCUGGCGUAGAUAUUCCCAAUAGCAUUGACGAGGACUUGGAGAGAGUCCAAGGUUUGGUGGACCAUCUCCAGGAGAAGUCUAGAGAUGGAACUCUACGAUCGGAUAAGUACUCGUUUCUAGCAGCUGAUGAAGACGCACCACCUGGGGAGGAAGACUUCAGGACAAUGAGCAUCUAUCCAACCCCAGAAGAGUUCCACCUAGACCACAAUCCUUUCCUAAGGCCCAACAUAAUCACUCAAAAGUUCCCUAGCUCUCGCAUCUAUCUGGAUACACAUUUCCGUCUUCUCCGUGAAGAUUUCGUAAGGCCACUUCGAGAGGGAAUUAGGGACAUCCUGAGAAGCCAGCACAAUGAGAACCUGAAAAAGAAGCGCUUUGAUGACAUCAGAGUCUACUUUGACACCCGAUUGGUUGUGCCGCUUUGCACGCCAACAGGCAUUGCCUACACUGUACAGUUUGACCCGAGGCCUCUUCAGUUUGUCCGGUGGGAAAAUUCUAAGCGGCUUCUCUAUGGAUCUCUUGUCUGUCUGUCCAUGGACAACUUUGAAAGCUUCCUUUUUGCCAUUGUGAAUGAUCGGGAUCCUAAAUUACUGAAAGAAGGAAAAGUAGAUCUCUGUUUUUCAUCUGAGAGCAGAGUCACUCUGGCCAAAGUUGAGCCCUCGCACUCCUUUCUGAUGGUGGAGACCACUGCUUACUUUGAGGCCUACCGAUAUGUUCUAGAAGGUCUCCAGGAGCAAGACGAAAAUGAUCUUCCCUUUCAAAGGUACAUAGUGGAGUGUAAUCCAGAUGUUCAUCCACCAGCUUACCUUCAGAUGGAGGGACAGAGUUACGAUCUGUCCAGCAUUGUGGCAGAAGGACAGGGAAAGAUUCCCCCUUUCAAUCCUCUUAUCCCAGAGGCCUGGCCUGAUGAGGAGAAAUUGGGUCUUGAUGAAAGCCAACUUCAAGCACUAAAACUAGCCCUAACCAAGGAAUUGGCCAUCAUACAGGGGCCACCGGGCACAGGGAAGACAUAUGUUGGACUGAAGAUUGCUCGGGCGUUGUUAGAUAACCAUAAAGCCUGGUCAUGUGGUGGCCCUAUGCUGGUGGUCUGCUAUACCAAUCACGCCCUGGACCAGUUUCUGGAAGGCAUUCACAGUUUUUUAAAAGAGGGCAUCGUAAGAGUAGGAGGUCGGAGUAACAGUGAGAUUUUGAAGCGUUUUUCUCUGAGGGAACUCACCAGGGCUGCAAACUUCCGCAAAAAUUUACCACCUCACCUCAGGAGAGCCCAUCAUGAAAUUUAUACUCAAAUGAAGAAUGCAGAGGAGCUUUUAAAGCGACAGUCUGCCCAGCUGAAAUGCAUCUUGAGUGGAGUCCUAAAAGUCGAUUUUCUAGAAAACCACAUGUCUUGUGAGCACUGGGACAGCCUGCAUCAACAGCAGAUGUGGGAUGGAUUUGAUGGAUUUGAGAGUGUAGGGAAGAAGUCUUCGAUCAUGGAUGAUUGGUUGGGCUACGGGUCUUCAGUGUUUCAACAGUGGUCACGGCAAACUGAAGGAGCAGAGGCAGCAGAUGUAUAUGGGCCACAGGAACCGGAAGAGGAACUGUUGAAUAUUGCAGAAGAAGCAGAUCUGAUCCAGGCUGAAAGGAUUCUGGUGGAUGCAGAUUACCAGGACAGAAAUGGACAUAAGAAGCAGAGCAAGAAGGAAAAUGAUGAAGUGAUGGAUGCCAUGGCUGAAUUCAUGCUGUCCAUGAACCUCAAUGACACCGACUCAAGACAGGAUCAACACGAGAGUCCGGCUGAUGAAGAGGGCUGGCAGAUGCAAAAGCACCAGAAGAAAAAAAUCAAGCAAAUGGUCAAACACGAACUAAUGAAGAGUUCAGUCAUGAGCGAUGAAGAGGAAAGGCGUGUGCAAAAUGUGUGGAACUUGGAUAUGAAAGACAGAUGGAGAUUGUAUCGUCUGUGGGUUUUGCGUUAUCGGAUUGACCUCCGUUCCAAAGCUCUCAACGCCGAGCAGAUCUUUCAGGAAGCAGCGGAGCGGCUCAAUGAAAUUCGUCGCAGAGAGGACCUGUGCGUUCUGCGGGACGCUCGAGUCAUCGGCAUGACGACCACAGGAGCAGCUAAAUACAGACAGGCCCUUCAGGAACUUCAGCCCAGACUGGUGGUAGUGGAGGAAGCUGCAGAAGUGAUGGAGGCUCACACCAUCACCACACUGAGCCGAGCCUGUAAGCAUCUCAUACUGAUCGGAGAUCACCAACAGCUGAGGCCAAGCGCAACGGUGUACGAUCUUGCCAGGAACUUCAAUUUGGAGGUGUCCAUGUUUGAGAGACUUAUCAAAGUGGAUUUCCCAUUCGUACGGCUCAACUACCAGCAUCGCAUGAGGCCGUGCAUCGCUCGACUCUUGACACCUCACAUCUACAGCGAACUGGAAAAUCACCCCUCUGUCCUGGAGUAUGACAAUAUAAAGGGUCUCCUGACAAAUCUUUUCUUUGUGGAUCAUCGUCACCUUGAAGAAGAAAUUAAAGAUGGGCGGAGCCACCAGAACCCUCACGAGGCUCGUUUCGUGGUCGCCCUUUGCAAGUAUUUCCUGUGUCAGGGCUACAAGCCUUCCCAGAUCACCAUUCUCACCACUUACACUGGGCAGCUCUUCUGCCUGCGAAAGCACAUGCCCACUCCUCAGUUUUCUGGUGUCAAGGUCCACGUUGUUGACAAAUAUCAAGGGGAGGAGAACGACAUCAUUAUAUUGUCUCUAGUACGCAGCAACCUCGAGAGAAGAGUCGGUUUCCUCAACAUAUCGAAUCGUGUUUGCGUGGCACUCUCUCGUGCCAAGAUGGGUCUCUACUGCAUUGGGAACAUGGAUAUGCUCGGCUCAGUCAAGUUGUGGAGCAACAUCCUUCACUCUCUGAGAGAAACCGAACAAGUAGGUCCUGCUUUAACAUUGAGCUGUGUUAACCAUCCUGAUAAGAAAAGCCUUGUGUCUUGUGCUGAUGAUUUCAAGAGUGCCCCUGAAGGUGGCUGCGAUCUGCCCUGUCAGUACCGUCUGGACUGCGGACACGUGUGCACCCGAAUGUGCCACCCUUACGAUGCUGAACAUAAGGAAUACAAGUGCACAAAAGACUGCCCUAAGCUGCUGUGUGAACUCGGACACAGAUGUCAGAAACGCUGUUACCAAGAAUGUGGUAAGUGUCGGGUUCUCAUAGAAAAGGUAAUACCGUCUUGCCAGCACACCCAGAAGGUUCCCUGCCACCAAGAUCCAGUUGAGUUUGUGUGUCAAGAGCCCUGCCAAAAGACCCUAACGUGUGGUCACCCCUGCAAGGCAAAAUGCGGUGAAUCGUGCACAGCUCGGUGCAUGGCGAAAGUUCCCGUGGAGCUGAAAUGUGGCCACACCCAAAAAGAGCCAUGCUUCAUUUCCAGAGAUCCCAGGAAAGAGAUACAGUGCAGAACUAAAUGUGGCACCACCCUGAAAUGUGGCCAUCCCUGCUCAGGAACUUGCCAUGGAUGUUAUCAAGGUCGCUUGCACAAAGAAUGUACCCAUAAAUGCCAACGAAUCCUUGUGUGUUCCCAUAAGUGUCGGGAGCCCUGUGUGAGAGAUUGCCCACCAUGUUCCUUUGACUGCGAGAAUCGCUGUGUACAUAGCGUUUGCAAGAAGACUUGCGGCCAACCUUGUGCUCCUUGCAAUGAACCCUGUGCAUGGCAGUGCCCACACCAGCGCUGUACCAAACUGUGUCACGAGCCAUGCGACCGACCACCUUGUUCUAUUCCCUGUAGCAAAACCUUGCCCUGCGGACAUCCCUGCAUAGGUCUGUGUGGAGACCCUUGUCCCGACAAGUGUCGCGUCUGUCACGCUGAUGAAGUCACAGAAAUCUUCUUUGGCACCGAGGAGGAACAAGACGCACAUUUUGUGCAGCUAGAAGAUUGCAAACACUUGUUUGAGACCACUGGAAUGGAUCAUUACAUGAGUCUUGAUGCAGACCAAAAGGCUGACCUUGAUCAAAUGGCCAUACAACUCAAGAGUUGUCCCAGGUGUCGUACUCCCAUCCGUAGGAAUCUUAGGUACGGCACUCAUAUCAACCGCAGCCUGGCAGCGAUUGAGAUGGUCAAGAAGAAGAUAAGGGGUCUUCCUGCUGUUAUCAAGCAAAAACAAGAUGAUCUCAACCUUGAACUGGAUGGGAAGACUCAUCUAAAGCUAUACUUACCUGAAGAGUUUGCCUUGGUUAGCAAAAGGCUCAGCGUGGCUGACAUUUCACUCCAGCGCCUUUGGGAGCUUGAGAACUUGAUGUGCUUCCUCGAGAGGUUCGGAAAACUGGUAAAGAUGCAAAAAGAGUGCAUGUCUCCAGAAAACAGCGACGUUUUCUCACGGAGGAUUGGUGAGUGCGUAAAAGUUUUACUACAUUCAGGUCAAAAGUUUUCAGACCAGCAGGUGGAAGAUCUUGAGUGUCAAUUGAAGAGACUCAACCAUCUGGCCGAGCUCAAUGCCCGUUGCCAUGUGGCUCGGUUUAAGGUUCUAGGAGUCCAAGUCAACAUGGAGAUCAGACAGUUGAGAGAGAUCCUGGAGGACACUCUGCCUUUCUCCGAAGGUCUUGAACUCACAGUGAAGCGGAUGUUCGAAGAUCUUGACACCAAGCUACCACGCAGUGGCCUGGGCGUCACAGAUGAGGAGCGAGAGAUGAUAGUUAAAGCCGUCGGUUUGAAUAAAGGCCACUGGUACAAAUGUCCUAACGGCCAUGUGUAUGCAAUCGGUGACUGUGGAGGCGCUAUGGAACAAAGCAAAUGUCCAGAAUGCAAUGCCACAAUCGGAGGAGCUAAUCACAAUCUUGUUCAAGGAAAUACUCUUGCGUCCGAGAUGGAUGGAGCUGAACAUCCGGCCUGGUCAGAUGGUGCCAACUUGGCAAUGCCUCCUAACUUUUAAAAUGCCUUGAGAUUUCAUUUAUCUGCAGAUAUGAACCAAUUUGUGCUUUUGUGUGAUUGUAAUUUUUAGCCAACAAUAAUGAAUUGCUGUUUUAAAUCUGAUAUGAGGUGCAGUUUUACUUUUUCGCUGAUCAUGUUCUAAAUCAAAGAUUCUCAACUUGAGAUCCACUCUCCUGCUGAGUUUAGCUCCAGUCCUGAUCAAACACACCUGAACAAGAUAAUCAAGGUCUUUGGGAAUACCAGAAAAGUGCAAGCAGGUGAGUUUGAUCAGGGUUAGAAAAGUGGCAAGAAAUGGACAAGUAAGUGCAUUACAUUUACUCACCAAAGAUGCUUUUCGUUCACAUUAAGUGCAGGGCUCUGGUUAGAAAUACCAAACUAUAAGCUUGAACACUUUUGUAUCGAUACUGUUUCAAUGUUGUUACUAUGAAUGCACUUGUUGUUGCUUUCUGUUUUUCAGUGUUACACUUUGACUGCUAAUAAGAAAGCAUGGUUAAUGAUGAAUUGCAUUUAAGCAUGCUAAAAUGGCACAAUAUAGAAACAGUUAUGACUUGUAACACCAAUUUACAAGAAACUGUUUAUAUAAUUGUAAACACCCACAGAGACCAAAUAAUAAUUGUUAUCCAUUAAUUUUUUAUUUCUUUUACAAGGCAAAAAAAGUAAAGCACUUCAUAGUUUUAUUCAAAUACUCAGUUAUUUACUUGCAAUCCUUGAGAAAAAUAAGUUUCAAUGGUUGCUUGUUUUGCUUGAUUCUUUUCUGACUUCUGAGAUUUAAAUGUGACAAAUGUACAAAAAUGAUGAAAUGUGGAGAUCUCUCUGAACAGGAAAGAGUCCACAUAUAAACACUUCAGGAUGCUGGAUAUUCCUUGAGACAAAUAGGUCAUGUAAUGAAUUUGUUAAGCACUGUAUAUGGCUUUUCAUGAAUUUACUUA